AUGUGGUGUCAAGUGACAGCAAGAAAUAAUUACCAAGCUUAUGAAGUUGACAAGGCUCUGCUCUGCUCGCUCGCCCGCCAACACGCCUCUGCCCAGCCGCCCGCAGCAACACGCCUCCGCCCAGCCGCCCGCAGCAACGUGCCACCGCCCAGCCGCCCGACCAACGCGACGCUCCAGCACCGCGCUUCCGCCUGGCUCGCCCGCAGCUACGCGCUUCCUCCCGGCCGCCUCGCCCGCAGCUACGCGCUUCCUCCCGGCCGGCUCGCUCGCCUGCGCGCCGCGCUUCCGCCCGACCGGCUCGCUCGCCCGCCGACGCGUUCGCCCGCCGACGCGCUACCACCCAAGCCGCCCGCUGGCUUCCUCGCUCGCCUGCCGACGCGCUCACCCGACGACGCGCUACCACCCGAGCCGCCCGCCGGCUUCCUCGCUCGCUCGCCCGCGCAACCUGCUAGCACACCCGGGCCGCGCGGCGCCGCGCCUCCGCCUGAGCUAGCGGAUAAGAAGCUAGAAGCUAGAACAAACAGGAUUCUGGAGAAGUGGUUUCUGGAGAAGCCAAAAGCAGAGCGGAAGAAAUUGACGGCGAUGCGAGGUGCCAUGCCGGCGGGCCCAGAGGACCCUCGGCCGUCGGAUCCGCGCCGCGUGCGGCUCGUCCUGGCCACGUCAACACGCGCGGGACCACCGAACAGUGGGUUGGAUCGGGCCGUGAGGGAGCCGGGGUGUGGAUAUGCCGCCACCGAACGGACCCGUGAGCUUUUAAUGGCUGUAGUUAUGGGCGCCAUAACGGAGAACGGAGUCCCGUUGCGUACAAUAAUGGAGUGGAAAGUUAGCACUUGCUGCAAGCUGUAG